UUAUAUCAUCAUAGCCAUCAGAGCGCGCGAUGUAAACCCAUCAUCAAUGGUUCGGUGUUACAGAAGUUUUAAAAGGCUUAGACGACGGGUUGAAGGUAUCGCGGUCAGAUAUGGAACGAAUUAAUAUUAGUUUACGUUGAUCCUCCGCUAGCGCUGGACGCUACUGGAUAACUUUGGCGGCAGUUUUGCCAUUUUCGGCCGUAAUCGACCAACAAAAACGGCACUAAUCCGAGAGCGAGAGUGUUUUGUGUUGUUGGAUUUUGGCGGGGUGAAAAGCAAGAGUGAAACUGCAACGCACGAGUUGCUGGCUUUGCGUCGCGCGCUGCCGGAGAUCUUAGCUAAGAGUGCGCUUAGUUAUCUUUCGACAAAAUGCGACCCCUUGAUCGCGCGGCUGUACUUGUGAUUGCACACAUCAUGCUACUGGCGCAGAUUCAUACGUCUGAAAGCUCACGUGUGAAGCGGCAGUCCAACCGAAGUCCCUUCAGUGUUUAUUCCGCACCUUUAAAGAACAAAUUCGUUCGAAACCGUCCACUGCCAUCCGGUUUGGUAACUACCAUCGAAUCUGUUCAGCCGACCACAUUUUCAGCGACACCAGUCAGUGUCAAUAACUUCAACGGCGAUCUAUCGACGAUUCUGACUAGAAGACCACCACAUCUAACGCUUCCUCCCCCGUUCGAGGCAGAGGCUCCUUCCAGAUCCCGCGAAUUUUACAGUUGUAUGUCCAGUUGCCUCACGUUGAGUCACUACAACCCGGUUUGCGGAACCGAUCACACAACCUACCACAACGUGUACAAGUUGGACUGUGCUAAUCGAUGCGGGGCAAGACCUAGCGUGCGAGUACGAAAACCCGGUAUAUGCUAGAAGCUGUUUUGGCUAAUGAACCUAUGGAUGCAGAUUUACGAUAGAAUGGAAAUAGAUUCAAUGUUAAGGGCGGCUAUUUUAUUUUUCGUGAACUUUAAGUACUUUGCUUUAUUAAUACCACUUGUCAAAAACUUUGGUAAAGUUUUUACCAGCAUAUUGCAGGAGAGAAAAACACAAAAGUAAAAAAUACGACCGAAUAACCUAAAACGAAGAAGUAUUAAAAAUUAAUCAUAUAGACGUAGAAAGGUCAGCAAGAUUCCAGGACCUAUUCCUAGCCAAAAGGUUAAACAUAAUGUAAUACAGCAUUUUACUCGAGAUAACACGAAGAAACGUCAUUUCCAGAGUAAAUCAAUAAAAAUGUGUGAACCUAAAAGGAAUAUUAUUGUCCCAACGGUUUUCUGCACGGAAACGAGACAUUUACUUUUUCACGUUUACGGAAUUGCUUGUCAUCAUGAAACAAUAGGGGUCUUCACAUCGAGCUCGUAUACGAAUAUCCAGCCGUAAACUGUGUAUCUUCCAUUACUCGUCAAUGGAGGUGAGUAUUUUUACGGCUGGGUAUUUGUUUACGAGCUAGACAAGAAUGGUAUUCAUAAUAACUUUCUGCAUCCUAGAGGUUAAUAAGGAAAAUGUCAAAUGGACUGGAUGUCCUUAAGGCACACUUGCUCUGACAGGAAAUCUUCUCGAAUUUGGAAUUCUGAUGGACAACUUGUAAAGUUGCAUUAGUUGAAUAAUUUUAAAAAUUGAGAUUAUAAUGUUUAGAAAAUUAAAAGUUAACAAUUUCGCUUUCAAUCCUUCAUGCCAAACACUGU